CAUUUCUCCAGUUGCUUCUCACACUCCAUGUUAUUAUUGACCCCAUUUCCUUAUUUCAGGUUUUUAACCCCAAACCUGACAUAAAAUACACAUAAUAGACUUUCAGAAAAAUUUGUUUUAAGAAUGAAAAUCCUCUUCCUCAAUGCCUUUCCUCGGAACUUCGCGCCAGUAUCUAGGUUCUUCAUUGUACUAUUUCACCGCGCCAGUAUCUAAGUUCUCGAUAUUUUUACCCAACGUUUCCCUCUCCGACCCAAAAGAUACAGUGACAAGUUCUAAAACAGAGCGGACCCAUCAGAGAAGUCUGCAGAAGGAAGACCUCACAGGAAAGUCUUCGAUAAUCAAGUGGGACCCCCACUGGGGGGAUGCCUCCGAGAAGGAGGGCGUCUCACCAUGUCCCUGGCUCUAAACGCUAGAAAACCACUUAUUAGUCUUCUAGGAUGUUCCUACUUUUACUCUGGCUUCCCCGUGGCAGGAGGUGGCUCGGUUGCCGAGGGUGUGUAUCGGGUGAGCUUUGGGGGAUUUCCGUAAGGGGUCGACCCACCAGGAAAAGUCUAAGGAGGUCCUUGCCCGGCAGGAGAGGAAUCUGGGUCGUCGUGUGCCGUUCUCCUCCCUUAGGGACCCCGUCCUGGCGGGAUCCCGCCUCUCUGAGCCGGAGGCAGUCCUGGGGAAACCCCUCGCCCGCCCGAAGCUUUGCGCCGCCGCCUCGCCCUCCUCGUUCCAGUCCGCAGCUCGCUAGCCUUCAGGCCCGGCGUCUUCCUCGCAGGCCCGGCCCUCUCCACGCCCGGCACAGAGGAAACUGGAGGUGGUUCCAGCCCGCAGGCGGGUGGAAAAGCCCACGGUGAAUGCCUUGGGGCCCCCCUCAUUGUUGCGGGAAGGGGAAAGGGAAGAGGAAAUGAACCUCACCGCCCAGUAGAUCACCCGGAUUCCCAACCUGGGGGAGGCCUUUAGACGGAAGGGAAGCCAAGGGGGAACCCUGGGCACUUUCCCGGGAAUCCAUUCGCCAAGGGAGGGUCACCCAGUCCGCACACAUUGGUUACUAUGACAAUACAACCACAGCCUCCAGUUGCCAUGGCAGCUGCUUAUCCAAUCCGAUUGGUUUCCUUUCUCUUCCUCCCUGGGCUCCACCCCAUCCCCUCCAACAGCCUCCUGGGGUGCAGGGGGAGGGGCCGCAGACAGGGGGAAAGGGUUCUUAGCGUCACACUCCGGGGCGCGAGGGAAGACUAGAGUUGAGGGACUGGCGGACGGAACUGUAGGAGGAAAGGGUAGCGUUUCCGGUAGGAAAGAGUGGAGGAGUGGAAAAAGGAAAAGAGAAAUCGGGUGGAGUGGAAAGACGGGGGAAGACUUUGAGUGUAACUCCUGGUUGAUUUGGGCUCGAUGUUCCUGGUGAGGCCGGGGUUGCCCCCUCGCGCGGGAGAGGAGUGGGUUGGCCGGAAGCCGCCAAGCGCCUCCAGCCGCCCGCUCAGCAGCCGCACAGGGACCUCACCGCUAGCAGAUCCCAAGAAGGAGCGCUACAGGGAGGGAGAAGUCACCCGGAGGGACGGGCGCCACUGAAAUCUCGCGAGAAGGACACCCCCCACUUCCUUCCUCUGCUUCUUCCUCUUUCCCCGCCCCCUUCCCUUCUCCCUCCCCUUCCCCCCUCCCGGGUCGGAGUGUCCCUGCGCCCCACGGGCCGGAGCAGCAGCGAGAGCAGCUUUCCCCGCUCCCUCCCCCUCGCCUCACUCAACUCCCCCCCCCCCCCCGCCCGCGGAGCGAGGAGGAGCCGGAGGAGAGGAAGAUGGCGGCGGCCGCCAGCACCCGCGGUGCCGCGGGGCCGCUUCGAGGAGCCUGAGAGACCCACAGAGGCUUCGCGGGAAGACGCGGCGGCGGAGGAUGAGCCUGCAGAGCGCGCAGUAUCUCCGGCAGGCAGAAGUCCUGAAGGCUGACAUGACAGAUUCUAAGCUGGGUCCAGCUGAGGUCUGGACAUCCAGGCAGGCUCUGCAGGACCUGUACCAGAAAAUGCUAGUUACUGAUCUGGAAUACGCUUUAGACAAGAAAGUAGAACAGGAUCUCUGGAAUCAUGCCUUUAAGAAUCAGAUCACAACACUACAAGGCCAGGCAAAGAAUCGAGCAAACCCGAAUCGGAGUGAAGUUCAGGCAAACCUAUCUCUGUUCCUAGAGGCAGCUAGUGGCUUCUAUACUCAGUUAUUACAAGAACUGUGUACGGUGUUUAAUGUAGAUUUACCAUGCCGUGUGAAGUCUUCCCAAUUGGGAAUUAUCAGCAAUAAACAGACGCAUACCAGCGCCAUAGUGAAGCCACAGUCUAGCUCCUGUUCCUAUAUCUGCCAGCACUGCCUCGUCCACCUUGGAGACAUUGCUCGAUACAGAAACCAGACCAGCCAGGCAGAGUCCUACUAUAGGCAUGCAGCUCAGCUUGUCCCCUCUAAUGGUCAGCCUUACAAUCAGUUGGCUAUCUUAGCUUCUUCCAAAGGAGACCAUCUGACCACAAUUUUCUACUACUGCAGAAGCAUCGCUGUGAAGUUCCCGUUCCCAGCUGCCUCCACUAAUCUACAAAAAGCACUUUCUAAAGCACUGGAAAGCCGGGAUGAGGUGAAAACCAAAUGGAGUGUUUCUGACUUCAUCAAGGCCUUUAUUAAAUUCCACGGUCAUGUGUACCUGAGUAAGAGCUUGGAAAAGUUGAGCCCACUUCGAGAGAAAUUGGAAGAACAGUUUAAGAGGCUGCUGUUCCAAAAAGCUUUCAACUCUCAGCAGUUAGUUCACGUCACUGUCAUCAACCUGUUUCAACUUCAUCACCUUCGUGACUUUAGCAAUGAAACAGAGCAGCAUAGUUAUAGCCAAGAUGAGCAGCUGUGUUGGACACAGUUGCUGGCCCUUUUUAUGUCUUUUCUUGGCAUCCUGUGCAAGUGUCCUCUCCAGAACAAGUCUCAGGAGGAGUCCUACAAUGCCUAUCCCCUUCCUGCAGUCAAGGUCUCCAUGGACUGGCUGAGACUCAGACCCAGGGUCUUUCAGGAGGCAGUGGUAGAUGAAAGACAGUACAUUUGGCCCUGGCUAAUUUCUCUUCUAAAUAGUUUCCAUCCCCAUGAAGAGGAUCUUUCAAGUACUAAUGCUACACCACUUCCAGAGGAGUUUGAGUUACAAGGAUUCUUGGCUUUGAGACCUUCUUUCAGGAACUUGGAUUUCUCCAAAGGCCACCAGGGUAUUACAGGAGACAAAGAAGGUCAGCAACGACAAAUACGACAGCAGCGCUUGAUCUCUAUAGGCAAAUGGAUUGCUGAUAAUCAGCCAAGGCUGAUUCAGUGUGAAAAUGAGGUAGGGAAAUUGUUGUUUAUCACAGAAAUUCCUGAGUUAAUUCUGGAAGACCCCAGUGAAGCCAAAGAGAACCUCAUUCUGCAAGAAACAUCCAUGAUAGAGUCACUGGCUGCGGACGGGAACCCAGGACUGAAAUCAGUGCUGUCCACGGGCCGUAAUCUAAGCAACAACUGUGACACAGGAGAGAAACCAAUGGUCACCUUCAAAGAGAACAUUAAGCCGCGCGAAGUGAACAGAGACCAAGGAAGAAGUUUUCCUCCCAAAGAGGUGAAAUCCCAGACAGAACUAAGAAAGACUCCAGUGUCUGAAGCCAGGAAAACACCUGUAACUCAAACCCCAAGUCAAGCAAGUAACUCCCAGUUCAUCCCCAUUCAUCACCCUGGAGCCUUCCCUCCUCUUCCUAGCCGGCCAGGGUUCCCGCCCCCAACAUAUGUUAUUCCCCCUCCUGUGGCAUUUUCUAUGGGCUCAGGUUACACCUUCCCAGCUGGUGUUUCUGUCCCAGGAACCUUUCUUCAGCCUACAGCUCACUCUCCAGCAGGAAACCAGGUGCAAGCUGGGAAACAGUCCCACAUUCCUUACAGCCAGCAACGGCCCUCUGGACCAGGGCCAAUGAACCAGGGACCUCAACAGCCACAGCCACCUUCCCAGCAACCCCUUCCAUCUUUACCAGCUCAGCCGACAGCACAGUCCACAAGCCAGUUGCAGGUUCAAGCUCUAGCUCAGCAGCAAUCCCCCACAAAAGCCGUGCCGGCUUUGGGGAAAAGCCCUCCUCACCACUCUGGGUUCCAGCAGUAUCAACAGGCAGAUGCCUCCAAACAGCUGUGGAAUCCCCCUCAGGUUCAAGGCCCAUUAGGGAAAAUCAUGCCUGUGAAACAGUCCUACUACCUUCAGCCCCAAGACCCCAUAAAACUGUUUGAGCCGUCAUUGCAACCUCCUGUAAUGCAGCAGCAGCCUCUAGAGAAAAAAAUGAAGCCUUUUCCCAUGGAGCCAUAUAACCAUAAUCCCUCAGAAGUCAAGGUCCCAGAGUUCUACUGGGAUUCUUCCUACAGCAUGGCUGAUAACAGAGCUGUCAUGGCCCAGCAAGCAAGUGUGGACCGCAGAGGCAAACGGUCACCAGGAGUCUUCCGUCCAGAGCAGGAUCCUGUGCCCAGGAUGCCAUUUGAGAAAUCCUUGUUGGAGAAGCCCUCGGAGCUCAUGUCACACUCAUCCUCUUUCUUGUCCCUCACCGGAUUCUCUCUCAAUCAGGAAAGAUACCCAAAUAACAGUAUGUUCAAUGAGGUAUAUGGGAAAAACCUGACAACCAGCUCCAAAACAGAACUUAAUCCUUCGCUGGCCCCCCAGGAGACAUCACUGUACUCCCUCUUUGAAGGGACCCCGUGGUCUCCAUCACUUCCUGCCAGUUCAGAUCACUCAACACCAGCCAGCCAGUCUCCCCAUUCCUCUAACCCAAGCAGCCUGCCGAGCUCCCCUCCAACACAUAACCAUAAUUCUGUUCCAUUCUCCAACUUUGGACCUAUCGGGACUCCAGAUAACAGGGAUAGGAGAACUGCAGAUCGGUGGAAAACUGAUAAGCCAGCCAUGGGUGGGUUCGGCAUUGAUUAUCUCUCAGCAACAUCAGCCUCUGAGAGCAGUUGGCAUCAGGCCAGCACUCCAAGUGGCACCUGGACAGGCCACGGCCCCUCCAUGGAGGAUUCCUCUGCUGUCCUCAUGGAAAGCCUAAAGUCUAUCUGGUCCAGUUCCAUGAUGCAUCCUGGACCUUCCGCUCUGGAGCAGCUGUUAAUGCAGCAGAAACAGAAACAGCAGCGGGGACAAGGCGCCAUGAACCCUCCACACUGAGGCCAGAGUGGCAACCCUGGGAACGAAGGCUCCAUAAACCAUGGCAUGUUGGGUUUGCAGGACUGGCCCGUACAGUCCCCUGCAGGUGGCAGCCCUCUCUUCUGUCUCUUGCUGUCGAGAGGGUGUAAGCGUUCCACCAGCGCGCUGAGUGUGCACGAAAUGUCCGCAGUGCAACAAAAAGAAAAAACCAUCAGGAACUCUCUGUCCCCCCAGGGCCUUCCGGAGGGAGAGAGGAACUGCUGUUUGUCUUCACUCAGUUACCUGAUGUCAUCGCCUCUCACCUUCCCCGUCGUGCAUGCCCCCAGCCACAAGGGAAGUGAAAGCUGAGAAGGGGAGGCAGGUGGGAGAAGCCGGCGGGAACUUCUCGGUCCUGUUUUCCUCUCUGGGGAAUAAAAUAGGAAUCCAUUAAUGAUUGCUUUGCUGACUGAGAAUGUAGUUGAGAUUAUUCCUGAACAUCUUUUAUUAUUGUUAUUACUCUCGGUAGUAUAAUGUCACACUGAAUUCUUCCAUACACAACGUGCUUCUUCUAGUCAGUGUGUAGCAAGGAAAAGCCCCGCUCGCUGCUCCUGUGAGAGGUUGGUGGUGACAGGAUGAGGGAAACGGACCUCUUUGGCCAGUGGCAGUGCUCCACGAGGGAGAGUCCAAGGCCUCAACUUUCACUCAGAAGGUUCUGGCGGCCCUCCUCUGGCCUGGAGACUCCGGCAGGAAAUGCCCUUCACUCUGUAGGUGCUCGAGCCCCGAUCGAGGAUGCAGUAUGGGUGGUGGUGCUGGGCUGGACUGGCAGAUGACUGCUGGAAGAUUUUAAAUUAAUGUUUUUGAUUCCUGUACAUUUUACUGUAGCGUAGCGAGCAGUCUCACGGAAGGCAGGCUGGUCCAUUCGUGGCCUGACACAUUUUAAUAGGUAGAAGCUUUCAGUGUGGUUAUUUUUUGUUCGAUUGGUUUUUGUGACCCCAUCCUGCUUACCACCCACCUCCUCCUGUCCCUACCUCCAUCCCUUUUCUGCCCUGUGCUGUAUGCUAGUAAUUGUUUCUGUUCCUAAUGUGUACAACAUCUCGCCGAGAAGCAACAGCACGGGGUCCAGCAGUUGGGGCCCAAAAGACAGUCCAAGGAGGAAGGAAGCAGCGGCGUCUGCGUGCGUGCACCGCAGGCCAGGCCCCGGCCCAGCUGUGUCCCCCGACCUCCACUGUCAGAGUGAAAUUCAAGGCAACAUGGACACAUGUGCACCAUGCACAGAAGAAAACACAACGAAGUCCAUUCUGGAAAAGGCGAAAGAAAGGAAAAUAAACUUUUAUUUGGUAUUUAUUAGAAGGAAAGAGGACUGAACAUUUUCUUGUGUAGAAACAGAAGGACAGCAUUUCUGUUAGUUCCUGGAAGAGUAAUAUUUUAAGGGGAAAUUAUGGAAACAAUCUAAAUGUCCAAUUGCUGUGCUAGUGGUAGGGUCUGUUUCUGGGAGGUCUCUCCUGUGUGUGUGUGUGUGUGUGUGUGUGUGUGUGUGUGUGUGUGUGCGCGCGCGCGCGCACACACCCAUCUGCCCAUCUGCUCUCCUGGGGGGAAGGGGAGUGUGUGUGAGUGUAUGGAGUCAGCGUGAGACUCACGAACUGGAAAACAGCUGCAGAGCAAAGCACAUCCAGGAGCCCCGGGUGUCACUAGAGUCUGGGCAGCCCCAGUGAUGAAAGGGGUGAGGUGAAUGCUCGUUGCUCUUCAGAGAGUGGUUGGAGCCCCGUAGGCUCACAGUAUUGCUCCUUAAGUUUGACGUGGUGUUUGGGGAUUUUUGUUUCUGUUUUUUGUUGUUUUUGGAAAGGUCUGAAAGGGUGAAGCCCCCCACCCAAUGGCAAUAUGAAACCCUUUGUGCUUCUCCCCAGCUCCUUCCCUGGGUCCACCUCUCUCCCAGUCCCUCCUUGCCCACUACCUUGACCCACUCUGUGUGUUUGAGCUCUGCAUUCAGGCAGCUGUAACAUUCCAGUGUUCGAGCUGUCCCUGAGUCUCACACCCCAGACGAGCUAGCCAAGUUCACUCUCUCACUCCCAGUCCUGCCCGGGUCCCAUCUGCAGCCCCGUUUCUGCAUGAGAAUUUGGUGUUUGGAAUGUUUUCUGAUUCUUGGGGCGGGGUUUCUCGCCUAAUCAUCCUCAACGUGGAGUAAUGAGGAGGGAGAGGAGAAUCUUCAUCAGAAACUGGUUUUGUGUAGUAAACCUUCUCUUCUGUUUUUGUUUUUUUGUUUUGUUUUUUUGUUUUUUGUUUUGGUCUGUCUGUGCAAGACCUGCAGCUGCUGAAAUCAGCUUUGCCUUUAAUUAAACCAUGUUCUCUCCAACCAGA